AUGGUACAAUCCAGUAAACAGGUCUUAGCGAUCGCAGCUGUGCUAGCAGUUGUUCAAGCUCAUCCUCAGGGAAGUUUCCAAUUCGGCAGUAUCAAUUCAGCCUGGGCGGUGAAACGGACCCUCUACAACCUCGACGACAUCUCCGACCAGGACCGGAAGGACAAAUUGACCCAAGGACACAAAGAUGCUGUCACAAUCGCAGCCAAGGCCCUGGAGAAGAUGGACGAUGAUAAAUACAAGCCCACCCUUGAGUAUUGGUUCGGUAAAGAGCACACUGAUGACGAUAGUGUUAAGAAAAUCAAAGGCGUUUUCAAAAACUUUGUGGGCGAUAACACAGACGGCACCGGCUCCGAGACCAACGGCAAAACCACCAUCUACAACGACGACUACUGGGUUCCUACGGAUAAAGAGAUCAAGGAAGGAGACGGAAAAACACCCUUCUGUAGCUUGAAGAACAAGGACGGCAAGACGGGCGCUGCUUAUUUCAAAAGGUUCAAGGACGGGGCCGCCAUACAUUUCUGCGACAAGGUCUUUGACCGAGCGAACUUAGACACUCUGAAAGCCGAUAAUUGCGCUAAAAUUGGAGAUCAAGUCAGCACCAAGAAGUGGACAAAGAAUUUCAUUGGUGCAAACGUUCUGCACGAGUUCAUGCACAACCCUCGUAUUGGUAGGGAUGGGGUCUUGAAGAAUAUUAGAGAUUUCGCCUAUGAUGCCUACCAGUGUCAUCAACUAGCCAUUGACAGCGAUGUCGAAAAGCGCAAGACGACAAUAAUCAAUGCAGACACCUAUGUGUGGUAUGCUCUGGACAUCGCGUUCCAAGAGAUAUGCUCAAAGCAAUUCUCCGAGCCGCGUGACGAAAGGGGCGACGACGACAGCGCUAGUGACAGCGACUCGCCGGACUCGAGCCCUGAGACUGAUGAUCCGACCAACGGUGCUUGCGACUGUACCGAGAGCGGCUGCACGCUUGAUUCCCGGGCUUGUUGUGCGAACAACUCUUGCAAACCAUUCGAAGAUUAA